CUAAUUAGGACCCAGUUUAUGGAAAAGGAAAACUUGGAGAAAUCCAGGGACUUAUUCUGGGAAUGUUAGACACCUUUAACUAUGAACAAACUCUACUAGAAACAACAACCAGCCUUCUAAACCAAGAUCUCCACUGGUCAUUGUGUAACCUGAGAGCUUCGGUCACAAGAGGGCUGAAUCCUAAACAGGAUUAUUGCUCAGUAUGUCUGCAGCAGUACAAGAGACGCCAAGAAAUGGCUGAUGAAAUUAUUGUCUUUAGCUGUGGCCACUUGUAUCAUUCAUUCUGUCUACAAAACAAAGAAUGCACCGUAGAAAUCGAGGGGCAAAUGAGAUGGACAUGCUACAAAUGCAGCUCAAGUAACAAAGUCGGAAAACUAAGUGAAAAUUCAUCUGAAGUUAAACAAGGAAGGAUAACCCCAUCACAGGUGAAGGUGUCUCCAUCAUAUCAUCAGUCCAAAGGGGACCCUCCUGUUAAGAAGGUAACUUCAGAACCUGUUCUGGAUCCACAGCAAAUCCAGUCAUUUGAUCAGCUUUGCCGGCUCUACCGAGGAAGCUCCAGGCUGGCUCUCCUUACUGAACUCGCCCAGAACCGCGGCAGUGACAGCUGCAGGCCGUUCAGUGGCUCCCAGAGUAGCCCUGCUUUCAACAGCGUCUUCCAGAAGGAGAACUUCCAGCUGCGGCUCAUCCCCCCACCUGUGACGGAGGACUGAGGCUGCCUGGAGGAGUGGUUGUGAGAGACAGCCAUCCCAGGGACACAGGAGGGCUCUGGUCCCCGAAGGUUUAGCCUCUAUUGCUCCACGCUCCUACUAGGGAUCCAGGAUCAACCAACCUCUCUGCGCAGCUUCCGCCCACAGUCCCCAGUCUGGACUCCCUGCCUGCCACAGCUUCAAGGCCUUCAGACUCCAAGAAAUAGAUGAUGUCCCUUGGGACUUUUUCCCAUUUCCCUGCAGCUUGGAAAGUAGAUAAGAGUCCCAGAGAUGGCAUCUGUAGGUAUCAUGAGGAGGGCACCAGCCUUGGAGAACAGAGGUGGAUCAGGCUGCUGCAGGUGUCAGACGCAGGCCUGGAGAGCACACCACCUGUUGAUGUGUUUUUGUGACAGCAGGCCUCUCCUUCCUAGCAAUAAAUGUCUGUUGGAGUCCUGCAAGCCGGCUAACCAGUUUUCUCGAGCCAUCAAAUCGUGGGAGGCAUUUACAGCCCUGCGGCCAUAGUCAGGUUUUAUCAUCUCCUACUUAUAGAGACCCUGGCUCUGUUCACACAGCAGCUGCGCCACAGACACCACGCAGAGGCCAGCCACCCAGGUGCUCCUGCGACAUGGCCGGACUUCCAUGGACAUGCUCAGUCCUGAGUCCCAGGCAGUCCCCGACACCUCCUCACGUGCUCACAUGCCCAGUUGUGUCUGCCCACUCAGGGACCAUCCAGCUCUUGUGCCUGAUGCUAAGAAGCAAACCCACAGGAAAUGGAUGUGUACAUAGAUAUCAUUGAGUGGGUUUUCAUGUCUGGCUCGAUGUGUAUGAAAUAGAGCCAUUAGGGGGGUGGAGGGAGACCAGGCCUAGAACACGUCAUGCUGAGCAGGCUGAGCUGGCUGGUGGAUGGCCAGAUGUGAACUGGGCAUGUAUGUGGGUAUCUCCUGAGAAUGACCGCACGGGCCCUGCCUCUGAAGAAGGAUGUGAGGAUACCUCUGCUCUGAGGGCAGUGAUGAGCACUAAGUGACUGCCACUUAGAAGCCCAUAGCAGCUACAGACUCAGUGUACAGGUGGAACAAGCCCAAGUCAGAGGACAAAUCAUUUAACCAGGCCACCUGCUGAAGCAGAGGCAGAGCAGGGAUUUGAACUCUGACCUGUGAUGUCACUGAAGCUGUCUUCUCAGGGUAGUCACAGAAGGUUCUCAGUGAGCCUGCAGCUAAAGCAGAGGAGCUUGAUCAACUCAGGGUACAAUUCAGUCGUUUCCCUUUCAAUAGUCUAAAGAACUAAAACAGGAGAACAGAAUAGAAAAAGAUAACUUGUGCAGGGCACACUUAUAAUUCCAUUAAUAGGGAGGCUGUGAGAAGAGGUUAAUCCUAAAACAAAAAGAUGGAACUUGUUACUUCUAAACAUAAAAUAUAUAUGGGAGGGAUGUAGUAAAUGUAUUUUAUGUGAUCAAGGUAAAGUUAUUAUCAGUUAAAUAGCCUUUUGUAACUGUUUUGUUCGAACUUCUUAGUAUCAGUGCCCACAAGGUACAAUCUGUAUAGAUAUGCAGAAGACUAAAAGUAAGGAAUCAAAACCUACUCCUACAGAUAAUCACUCCUUGCAGUGUUUGCUGCAGCAUUAUUCACAGUACUAGUUAGCUUAAGUGUCCCUCAGUGGAAGGGUGAAGAAAACAUGAGAGAUACACAUGGUAGACUACUCCGUUCUCAAAAGGAGAUCCUGUUGUUUAUAACAACAUGGAUGAACCUGGAGGAUACCAGGUUAAGUGGCACAAGCCUCUUUCUGCCAAACACUGUGUGAUCUCAUAUACAGAGCAUAAAAAGUGGAACUCAAGUAGACCGUGGGUAUGGGAAGUGGGAUGGGUAGGAGCUCAGCAGGGAGCUGUUUAUAAAGAUUCAACCUCCAUCCCUCAGAGAAACAUGCUCAGGAGGUGCCAUCAGUAGGCUAUGUGUCUGAAAAUUCCUAAGAGCUGAUUUUCAGUGUUUUCACCACACACACAAAAAAGAAGUGAUACAUGUUAAUGGCCUGAUUAACUAAACUACAGUCUGUCUACAUUAGAGGAUCAUGAUGUGCACUAGAAAUACAGUUUUUCCUUGUCAACCUGAAGAUAAUUUAAAAAAAAAAAAAAAGGCAGUUCACUGCAUUUGGAACCAGGUUCAAGUCCAAGCAGUAAACACCAACAAAAUGUUCUUCCCAGCCUGGUCCUAUAUCAGUCCCCAAGAGUACCUUGCCAUUCAUGUCACA